CGCUAUAACGACUGUUAGUGUUAUCAAACAGCCGUUACCGUUAUGCAGACCUUGAAACGCCGUUUGUUAAACCUUGCUUGGAUGUUGGAAAGCUAGGUUUUGAAAAACCAGCGAUGGUUGGAAAUUAGGAUUUGAGAGAUGAGCUUCCGAAUCGGAAUUUUUAAAGAUUUAGGGCUUGAAAAUCUGCAUUUUGGUGAAAAUGAAUGAGGAAAAUUAGGGUUUGGAAGUGAAUCCUUUCAUAUGCGGAAAAUCCUUCAGAUACGAAAAAUAGAGUUUUUGCACAGGAGAGUUGGUGAAAAAUUAGGGUUUUAACGAGAGGUGAUGGUUCAAAUACUGGAAAUUGACGUUUUGGGGGAAAACUGGCGAGAAAGUAGGGUUCGCAUGAGACAAGCUGGUUCAGAUGCCGAAAACUGCAGUUCUGGAUGAGAAAUCAGGGCUUUUGAGGGAGAGAACUUGAUUCACUUGAUGAAAGAUGAGGUGUUGUAGCAAAAGAUGAUGAAAGAAACAAGGUUUUGAAUCGGAGUUGUGUCAGGUGCUGAAAUUGAGGUUUCAGAGGAAAAGAAAAAGUUGAAACUCAGGGUAUUCAAAUGAAAGUUGUUGUCUGUAGCCUGAAAUUGACUUUUUGACCACAAAGUUUCAAAUGGUGAGAGAUUAGGUUUUUAGAGUAACAAGAACAGGAACUGUAGAUGUUGAGAAAUUAGGGUUUUGAAGGGUUUCGAAGCUUUGCUUUUUUCUGCAAUGGAGACGGGUCUGGAACAGACACUGCAGGAUGGAAAGCUUCUUCGUCAGGUCAAUGCAUUCAUUGUCGCGCAUCUUCGUGAUCACAAUCUCAACCAGGCUGCAACCGCUGUUGCAUCAGCAACCAUGACGCCGUUGAACGUCGAAGCUCCUCCCAACAAGCUUCUUGAUCUUGUUUCCAAGGGUCUUGCAGUGGAGAGAGAUGAGGCUGCAAAGGGGAUUUCUCCUGCUUCUCUGUUUGAUUCUGCAACGGGUAUACCUGCCGGGUAUGGUUCGGUCCCUGCGCCUCCAAUCAAUGCUAUCGAUUUCAGUGCUGUGCAGGAUACAAAGGGUUCAUCAAAGAGUUUCCCAAAGCAUGAGACUAGACAUGUUUCAGAGCAUAAGAAUGUUGCCCGAUGUGCAAGAUUUAGUCCCGAUGGGCGUUUUGUUGCAACUGGGAGUACAGACACGUCGAUUAAGCUCUUUGAGAUUUUGAAAGUCAAACAAAUGAUGCUGCCGGAUGCAAGGGAUGGGCCCGUUCGACCUGUGAUUCGGACAUUUUAUGAUCAUUUACAACCAAUCAAUGAUUUGGAUUUCCAUCCUCAAACAACUGUACUGAUAUCAGGGGCAAAAGAUCACACCAUAAAGUUCUUUGAUUUUUCAAAAACAGUUGCAAAGAGGGCUUUCAGAGUUAUCCAGGACACUCAUAAUGUGCGGUCUGUGUCCUUUCAUCCUUCUGGAGAAUUUCUUCUGGCAGGGACAGAUCAUCCAAUAGCCCAUUUGUAUGAUAUCAAUACUUUCCAGUGUUACCUGUCAUCAAAUGUGCAAGAGACAAAUGCUAAUGGUGCCAUAAACCAGGUGAGAUAUUCAUCCAGCGGUGGCAUGUAUGUAACGGCAUCCAAAGAUGGUGCUAUUCGGGUGUGGGAUGGGGUAACUUCCCAGUGUGUGCGCUCCAUUACCGGUGCUCAUGGCUCAACAGAGGCCACCAGUGCAAGUUUUACCAAGGAUCAGAGGUACGUUCUUUCUUGCGGAAAAGAUUCAGCAGCAAAGCUAUGGGAGGUGGGCAGCGGAAGACUAGUCAAACAAUAUCUUGGAGCUGUCCAUACACAGCUGCGUUGCCAGGCGGUUUUUAAUGAAACAGAAGAAUUUGUUCUAUCCAUCGACGAACCGAGCAACGAGAUUAUAAUUUGGGAUGCUCUGACUGCCGAGAAAGUAGCAAGGUGGCCGUCUAAUCACAUAGGCCCGCCGAGGUGGAUAGAGCACUCGCCAACUGAGGCGGCAUUUGUAUCUUGUGGGAGUGACAGGUCGGUCCGAUUUUGGAAGGAAAUUCUGUAGGUAUGUGAUGGUAAGACCUCGUGUGUCGAUAACAAUCGAAAAAGGAAUGUUGGUUUUAUGUAAGAUAGUUGGAGAAGAUUUUCAAACUUGUCUUCAAGGUUAAUUUAAAGUAUUGAAUAAUAAUCUAAUGGAUAAUCCGGUUGUUGGUUUUCCUGCA